GCCAACAAUGUUGGCGUCAGUCUUGGAAACGAUGGGUCUUGUCCAGAGCCUGCCACGCGACGACGGACGCCAGGUGCACCCACUGGCCGCCUUCCCCGAGGCCUUCUGCGUCAAGCCCUCGUCCAUCCAAUACCCGAGCGUCGUCUGCAGCCCGAGCAAGCACGUCGCGCUAACGCUCGUGCCUGGCGCGUCGGCCAUGGCGGUCGUCCACGUGACCAACCCAACCAAGUACCUCAUUGCCUUGCACCUCUCAGCGUCGCACGAUUUCUAUACGAUCCGGCCACCGUACACGUGCCUCCCGCCGGGCCGGACGAUCGCGAUUGCCAUUACCGUCUCGGCCGCCGACUGCCUCCGCGUCCUCAAUACGCCGGCGCCGCGCAAGCCGGAUCUGCUCACACUCGCGACGGCGUCGUUCAAGGACGUGCCUGCCUAUUUACACAGCCGGCUACAGACCGAGGUUGUUCAAGACGUCUGGCAGCAAAUUCCGCCCGAGUACAUUGCGACGACGACGCUCCAUGCAUCGUGCAGUCCGUGGACAACGGCGGCCGACGACGAGCCGUGAAUCAAACUCUUAUCUAUCACCC